AUGGCAUCGGCGUCAAACCCAAGCUAUGGACUUGGCGCUCGUGACGGCACAAGUGCAACGGCGAGCAACAUGGACAUCGGCAGUGUCAUUAGCAGUGGCAGCGGCGGCGGUGGAGGAGGCAGCGGUCGAGCCAUGCAUCAAGCCCCCAGCCUGGCCGAGGCUCCUGCAGGAAGCGGCUCUCGACCAGACGAGCCUCGCUCAAGCCAAUACAACAUGCAGGGAGCAAAUACAGGCGUUAGGAGCCCAAGCCCCGGCGACGACGACGACGGCGUCGACUUUGACCUCGACAGAACACGACAACCUCUGCCAACUCGGCGAACCCAAUCAGUGUCCCCGCCACCUCGCCUGGACACGUACUCGUCCGCUUCGGCAACUGGCGAGACCGUCAGACAAUCGAGGGCCCCGUCUGCUGAGACGACAAGUAACGGCUACAGUCUCGCAGGAUUCUCGCCUACCAACCACGCUUCUCAGGGCGUCUUUCCCGUGAACGGGUCAGAUCCGUCACAGAGUAGGCGAGCCAAUAGACGGCGCACCGGGCCCUUGUCUGCCGAACAGCGGGAGAAGGCCGCCAUCAUACGGAAGCUCGGUGCGUGUGCGGACUGUCGUAGGAGGCGGGUUGCUUGCAACCCGAAUCACCACAAUAUGUCAUGGGACGAAGCCAGAAAGAGAUAUAGAUCUCAUAGCCAGGACCUCCAGGAUCCGAUUCCAAUAAACUCUGACCGCGGGUUCCAGCCAGUCAAUGGCAACUACACCUACGAGCCCCAAGGCAUGGAUCUCGAUCAGUCACCUACGAGCCAACAAACGGUCCAGUCCUCUUCGACCGAGGCGCAAACUAGGACAAUAAGGACCCCAUUACCGUCGGGCCCUCGAUUAGAGCGAACUGCCCAGGCCGCAAUGUCAUUGCCUGGUAUUGACACGUUCAAGUCCAAUUUGCAGACUCACGCCUCGAGUAUAAUAGCGAACCCAACCCGAGGCCGAUACAACGCCGUGUAUGCACUCCUGCUCGUUUGGGAAGACGAAGAGGAUAUUGAAGUCAAGCAGUCUGUGGAAGAAUUGCGACAAGUGCUCGACAGGCACUACCAAUAUACGUUUGAGAUGGACGUGAUACCAUCUGACGAGCCCGAGCGCUCAUGGAGGUGGUUAACACGAAGGAUCGACCAUUUCAUGGGAGCAAACGAUCAACGAGAUGUCUUGAAGAUCUUCUACUACAACGGUCGUACACAACUGGAUGGAAAUCGGGCAAUGGUCCUCGCAAGCUCCACAAAAAGCAAGCAGCCCUGCACCUUACGAUGGGGCACCGUACAACCCUUGUUCGAGCAGGCGAUUGCGGACACACUCGUCCUCAUGGACGCGACAUACUUCGGCUUACCGGCAGCUGCAAGGCGUCGCGGCACGCUGGAAAUCAUCGCGGCUGGUUCAGUUGAGGAGCAGGCCAGCCCGCUGGCACGUUGCGCCUUCACGCGAGCCCUCGGCGAGAAACUUCGAACACAGGCAAUCCGCAUGAGGCCAUUCUCCGCCGCCGAUCUCCACGCGCAGCUCCUCUCCGAGUACCCGAGACACAUACAGGAGCAGAGCCCCGACCGCGAGGUCCUGAGCAAACUCCCCGCGCCACUGCACCUACAGCUGGCCGACAGCCACAUCGUGCCAUCGAUCCUCCUCGCGCCCUUGCGGCGUAGCAGGCUGCCCAGCAUCGAGAGCGUCUCGUCUUCCUCGCCGGGGCCACAUCUGAAUCUGAUGGUCCGGCUGGAUAAGGAGCCUGAUGUUGAGUGUUGGGCCGACUGGCUGCGGUUGAUGCCCGACGGGGUCAAAGACGUCAAGGUUGAGGGUUGUUUCCGGUCGGCCUUUCGGUAA